UCGCUUACUUUUUCUGCCAUAAAAGUCCAGCAUCCCCGCGGCCGCCUCUUCGCCUCUGCAAAAUUCCCCAAUCCCGUCGCCUCUCGCAGUCUCGCCGCCCGCAUCCGCACGCGCCUCGGAGCCCUAGCUCCGGCGGCGCCUCCAGAUCCGGCGCCCUCAUCCGGCAAAAUCGGCGGCUCCUAUCCCCGGUCGACGCGCUCCGACACCUCCGUUCACCCCGGCGUUCUCCACCCGACUUCUCCGGCUGCGACCUUCCCCAGGCGGCGUCCCGAGGAAUCGCUUCGUCUACGCACGCCCGGCGUCGAGGAUCCGAGAGCCUACCGUCGUCGCCGAUCGCCUCCCCGUAGAUUGAUUUUGAUCUGUACCUCUUCUCUCGUUGGAAUUUUUGUGUAUUUCAUCUGAGAAGAAAAUCAGGCUAUCUCGUGUAAAUUGUGAAAGAGAGGCCUUGCGUGAAAUCAGGACUCUCCAUCCAUCCAUCCAUCCAUCAUGGGUGUUGUGUAUUACCAAUAUAAGAGUGAAAAGGAUAUCUGUUCCAUGCCUGUGCCCUCUGCUUUUAUCUCUGUCUCUGAACUAAAGCAGCUUAUCAUGACUAGUGGUAAGUACGGCAGUGCCCGAUCCCGCGGCCGUCUCAGGGACGAUCUUGUCAUCUCCAACGCCCAGACUGGCGAAGAAUAUGAAGAUGAAAGGACAUUGGUACUACAGAACACACAUGUGCUGGUUCGCAGAGUUUCCAUUCCUGGACAACUGUCGGAGAAUAUCGUCUUGUCCCCACGAAGGAAAGUCACGGAAGGAUGUUCUGUACCUUCAAGCAAAUCAGUGGUUACUGACUUAAGCUCAGAAUCGCGUUCCUCCAUAGGAGUGCAAGAUGAAGAUGCUGCAAUCACGGCGGUGAUUGAUGCGGCCGAACUCAAAUUGGAACAGUACCCAUCUAAAAGAGGACAGGGCAGUGGAAGGUUUACAUCAGGACGAAACUAUGGACGGGAAGUGGAAGCUCCUCCACUAGGGUACAUCUGCCGCUCUUGCGGUGUUCCAGGCCAUUUCAUUCAACACUGCCCACAGGAAAGCAAGACGCCUCCACCUGGAUACAUCUGCUACAGAUGCCGAAUCCCAGGGCACUUCAUUCACCAUUGCCCCACCAAUGGGGAUCCCAAGUUCGACAAUAAUAAAAUGAGUCGGUCUCUUGCACCGGUAGUUACUGUAAGUCCUGACAAUGGCAUUCUGGAAUCACUUGUCCCAGAUGCACCAGCGAGUGCUGUUGAUGACUUGCCAGCAGAGCUCCACUGUCGACUGUGUAAAAAAGUGAUGGUAGAUGCAGUACUGACAAGCAAGUGUUGUUUUGACAGUUUUUGUGAUAAAUGCAUUCGGGAUUACAUUAUUACCGAGUCAAAGUGCAUUUGUGGAGCCAAGGCGCUAGCAGAUGACCUCAUUCCCAAUCAAACACUUCGGAGCACAAUCAGCAAUAUGUUGGGAACACGAGCUAGCAGCAGCGGAAGUGUUACAACAAUGCACAGAAGUUCAUCAGGCAGCAACCCCGAUCCCAAAUUACAGAGCCACACCCCUUCUGCUGCCUCAGAAAGGGAGAUGAAGCAAUCGACAAACCUUCAGCUAUCAGCAGCAUCUGCACCUGAUGAUGGACUCCAGGUUGCUACGGAAGGUGAUCUCAUGAACCAGACUCAGAAAUUGGCAGCCGAUGUUGAUAUCAUGAGCAAAGAUGAAGGUGAUUCUACAGAAGUGUCAGCAGAGAAGGCUGUAGCAAGUGCUGAAGUCAUCAAAGUAAAAGAUGGAAGUGCAUCGGAAUCGAAGGUCACUACAGUUUCAGGAGCCCUAGAUCAUAAUGCCACAAGGACAGAUCAACCGAAGAAGAAGCGGAAGAAGGUAGACUCAACAAAGAAUGUUCAACCCAACAAUGUUGACUAUGGUUACAACGUUCCACUUGACGCUGCAUAUUACAACACUUUCUUCAGUGGAUAUCCUUGGGUAACUGAACCAUACAUGUACGGCUCAAUGGCGAUGCCUUACGGUGGUUAUCCAAUGGGCCCAUAUGGUGUAAAUUCCUUCAAUGGCAUGCCACCGCAGGCUCUUGCGGCGCAGGGCUAUCCAGCAAGCUAUCAAAGGUCUAAAACUCGGCCCACACAUCACCAGGGCACUGAAGCUGUCGCGGCACGUCCAAGGCAGGCUGAGAGGCCCAAGGACACUCACCUUCAGCCCCUAUCAUCGGAGCACAACCGCCAACCAGGCUCUUCUCAUGGUUCAGAAUCGAGGAGCAGAACCGGGUCAAGCUCUGAGAGAAGGGACCAUGGGCGUUCUGCCAGGGCCUCCCAUGACUACUACGAGGAUCACUCUAGUAGGAAGAGAAUGCGUGAUUCUUCUCCAUUGUAUGGCGACAAACAGAGCAACCGGAGGUCGAUACACACUUCCAGGAGUACGACUCGUGAGGAGGAUGCAAGCGAUGAUGAGUGCAACUUCAAGAGGAGAUGGGGGCGCAGAUCAUCAGGCUCCGUGGACACGAGGCACUGAAUGAAGGACUGAACAUAGGAUUGCUGAUCCGCGAUGCUCGCUUAUAGUUUUUCUAGUACUUGUAAUUGUGUAUAUGCCUCUGGAAACAAGGAGAGCAAGAGAAAGCACAGGAAAACUUGCAGGUUUUCCCCAGCAGAAAUGAUCAGCUAUUGAUUUACUACCAAUCUGUACUUGAGAGCCUUGCCAGCUCUCGCCUCUGUAAUGUAAUGUCUCCAAAGAUGAAUGGAAUUUCUCUGAUUUCUGAAUUAA